CUCUUCUCCCCCACAAUAUUCCAUCCCACUGGCCCCAAGCAAGGCAAAGCCAAAGUUCAACGCCCCCCCCCUCUCUCUCUCUCUCUCUCUCUCUCUCGAUCAUGGCUCUCUGCAACUCCAUCCUUCUCCUCCUCCUCCUCCUCCUCCAGCUCUCCCUCUCCACCUUCGCAGCCCCAGAAACAGCCUUAAACAACUCUGUUUCUUUCUCCUUCCCUCUCACCUCCGUCCGCCUUUCUUCUUCAACUUUUCUCUCUUCUUCUCUCCUCGCGUCUACUUCCCCCGCCGCCAAGCGAGUCCCAAGCUCCAAGCCCUCACCGCACAAUUACAGAUCGGUCUUCAAGUACUCAAUGGCUCUGAUCGUCUCUCUCCCGAUAGGCACCCCGCCGCAGACCCAACAGAUGGUUCUCGAUACCGGCAGCCAGCUUUCCUGGAUUCAGUGCCACCCCAAGCGGCGACCUCCUCCCACAGCGUCGUUUGACCCUUCUCUCUCCUCUUCCUUCUCCGUUCUUCCCUGCAACCACCCAAUUUGCAAGCCUCGAGUUCCCGAUUUUACCCUCCCGACGUCCUGCGACCAGAACCGCCUCUGCCACUACUCCUACUUCUACGCCGAUGGCACCCUGGCCGAGGGCAACCUCGUGCGGGAAAAGUUCACAUUUUCGCCUUCCCAGAGUACCCCUCCCCUGACCCUCGGCUGCGCCACCGACUCCUCCGGAAGCCAGGGCAUUCUGGGAAUGAACCUCGGACGCCUGUCCUUCGCCUCCCAAGCCAAGAUUUCCAAAUUCUCGUACUGCGUCCCACCUCGCCAAACCCGCAACGGAGUCCCACCGACCGGCGGGUUCUACCUCGGCCCGAACCCGAAUUCGCACGCUUUCCGAUACGUUAAUCUUUUGACUUUCCCCCAGAGUCGGCGCAUGCCCAACCUCGACCCCCUCGCUUUCACCCUCCCGAUGGUUGGAAUAAGAAUCGGGGCGAAGAGACUCAACAUAUCCGCCUCCGCCUUCCGGCCCAGCGCGGGCGGCGCCGGCCAGACGAUGAUCGACUCCGGCAGCGAGUUCACAUACCUGGUGGACGAGGCCUACUCCAAGGUGAGGGACGAAAUCGUAAAGCUAGCAGGGCCGAAGCUAAAGAAGGGGUACGUGUACGAAGGCGCACUGGACAUGUGCUUCGAGGGAGACGCGGCAGCGACCGGAUGGUCGAUAGGCGAUCUGGUGUUCGAAUUCGAGAAGGGGGCGGAGAUUGUGGUGGAGAGAGAGCGGGUGCUGGUCGAUGUGGGGGGUGGGGUCCAUUGCCUGGGGAUCGGACGGUCGGAUUCGCUCGCCGUGCCGAGCAACAUAAUCGGGAACAUACAUCAGCAGGAUCUCUGGGUGGAGUAUGAUUUGACCGGUCGUAGGGUGGGAUUCGGUAAGGCUGACUGUAGCAGAUCGGUGAAGUGAGCCAUGGCCAUCGCCACGCGUUGCGUUGUAAAGAAAGAAGGAGAAAAUAUCUCUACCUGUCUUGUGGGAAGUACAUAUAUGACGAAACUGAAGAGUAGCAUAAGGACUGGUGACAUGGGGGGCCCUCCUGGACUCUGGUCUGGCGUUGAUACCAUCCUAUUCAUCGUCCGAUAGAAGCAGCUUAGUGCAUGUACGUGUCAUAUGUUAAACUAAAGUUUUGUUGCCGAUAUUGUAUACUAAUUAUAGAGCUUCUUUAUUUGGAGAUGCUAUAUUAUUUCA